AUGAGUAAUGAACGAGAGGUGAUAGAGUCUAUUCCCAUCUGUGAAAGAGCCAAAAAUGUAAAGGAUGUUGACUUGACGAUAUUACCUACCGAAAGGACGUUGGGUGUUCUUUGGUCGGCUGAAUCAGAUGAGUUCAGAUACAAGAUUAAUUUGACAACUAAGCCAACUACUAGAAGAGGGGUGUUAUCUACGUUAAGCUCGAUAUAUGAUCCCCUAGGUUAUGUCUUGCCUGCAAUUCUCCAAGCAAAACAAAUACUUCAGGAACUUUGUCGUAAGAAACUGGGUUGGGAUGCACAGAUACCUGAGGAAGAAUCGGAGAGGUGGUCGAAAUGGACAUCGGAAGUCAGUGAUCUGGAAAGAUUCAGGAUAAGCAGGUGUUUGAAACCGCAUGGAUUUGGAAGUCAAAUCUCCGCACAGAUGCACCAUUUCUCGGACGCCAGUGAGCUCGGUUAUGGAACGGCAUCGUACAUCAGGUUUUUGAACAAAAAUGGUGAUGUUCAUUGUCGGCUAAUUCUUGCAAAGUCAAGAGUUGCUCGGUUAAAAAUUGCUACAAUUCCCAGAAUGGAACUCACUGCUGCUGCUGUAGCAGUCAGAGUAGAUGCCAUGUUGCGAAGAGAGCUUCAGAUGCCAGUUAUUGAGUCACGAUUUUGGACGGAUAGUACCACGGUGUUGAGUUACAUUAAAAGUGACAAGGCUAGAUUUCAUACAUUUGUUGCUAACCGUGUAGACCUUAUUAGAGAAGCUUCUGCGCCAAGUCAAUGGGGGCACGUAAGGACUGCAUGUAAUCCCGCAGAUGUUUGCUCUAGAGGAACGUCGGUGAAGGCGUUUCUGGACAGCGAAAAAUGGAUUAAAGGUCCAAAAUUCCUGUGGCGGGACGAGAGUGAAUGGUAUGAGAAAGACAUAGGACAGUUUACCUUGAAGAAUACUGAUCCAGAACUGAAAUGCGUCCUGGCUACAGAAGUUAAACCCGUUGAUCCCUUAAGCCGAGCAAUAGAGCGUUGCUCGUCAUGGAGCAAGCUAAAAAGGUCCACUGCCUGGAUCAUGGUGGGAAUGCAAAACUUGCAAAUGCGUGUUGCUGUUCGCAAGGGAAGAUUAUCAGAAGGGCAGAAACAGCAUGAAAAUCUAUCA